CUACAUUAAGCCGAACGGAAAAGUUUUACUAAUGGUAAAACCAUUGGGUCUCAAACUCUGGCUGGUGUCGUCUUAGCGUUAUUACUGCUUCUCUAGGGUGGGAGUGAACCGUAGCAGUAGGUAAUUCCCCGGAACUAUUAGCCACAACAUUCACCACUGAACACUGGAUGCUAACUCUCACUGUUUAAGUCAACUUGUUUAACUGAAGGGUUACGGUCAAGCAUCCACACCAUUAGACACGCCGUGGUGUUACGCUCGUUCGUUCAUGAAUGAUCCCUAGCAAGUUAAGCAGUCAAAUUUGGUCCUAAAAUAUACUUCGUAAUUUGAACGAUCGAUUCUGGUGUUUCGCUUAACCUUUGGUCUGCGCGGAACGAAUACUAUAGAAGUUGUGGGUAUUAGAUCUUGCGUUAGUUUAAAUCGUACUGUCCGUGAACGUCAACACCCUCAGCUUCUAAACAUGUAAUCGCGUAGUUAUGUAGCUGAUACUAACAAUUCACAUAAUUAAUCCACAAGUAAACUAACCUCACUAAUGGCUACCGAGUGUAUGGCUGUAACACCUCAGGGUAACUGCUUUGAAAGGUUCUUAUUGUCACAUUCUUUCUCCGAACAUAUAUACACAUGUGUCUAACAUCAUCUGGAAUAAAGCGAACAAUCCUGCACUUUGAAGAGUAAUCAUAUUUGUUGAACAGAGCUCAAGGGGCAAAGACUAAAAGAACUUGAAGAUCUCAGUUUUCACACUAACAUAAAUUAUGUCUACUGCAUUUAUUACCAGUGAGAACAACACUCUAGUGAUGGGUUCAUAUCAGUACUCCGUGCCAUAUGGAAUAACGGGGAUUGAUUCCUUCCAUGUGACUCACCUUUUUUCUUAAAUGAAAUGGCAUCACUACAGAAAAUAUAUCUGGAAGUUUAUUUGUAUCCAUAGGUUUGAACCCGUUCAGCUACCAUCUGCAGCAAGUAAUUUCAUGGUUAUUCUGUUGAUCCAUUCCAAGCAGUUGUGAAUAAGUACAAGCGACAAGCAAGAAAAGCUCUGCCAUCCCAAAAAGACUUGAAAUCGGCUUUUGUUUGAAUUCAUCACAGCUAGUUUUUCUCUAAUAGUAACCUUUUCGAAAUACAUUUUUAAUUUCGCGUUGCACCAAAAAAUGACCAAACCAAAGAUUGGAAUCAACGGAUUUGGUAGAAUAGGCAGACUUGUAUUGCGGGCUGCAUGCUACAAAGAAACAGUUGAGGUUGUCGCGGUUAAUGAUCCUUUCAUAGAUAUAAAUUAUAUGGUUUAUAUGUUUAAGUACGAUUCGACACAUGGCACAUUUCCUGGUGAUGUAGCCGUUCAAGACAAAAAGCUUUGUGUAAAUGAGAUGAAAAUAUCUGUUUAUAAUGAACGAAGUCCUGAGACAAUUCCAUGGGAUAAAGACUGUGCAGAGUACGUUGUUGAAUCAACCGGCGUCUUCUCAACUAUUGAAAAGGCUCAGGCGCACCUAAAGAACAGUCGCGCUAAGAAAGUCAUAAUAUCGUCACCUUCUGAGGAUGCUCCAGUGUUUAUAUGCGGAGUAAAUCUCGACAAAUAUGAUAAGUGUAUGAACGUUGUCUCGAACGCAUCGUGUACUACCAAUUGCCUAGCACCUCUAGCCAAAGUCAUACACGAGUCAUUUGGUAUAGAGGGAGGUAUUGUUACCAGUGUCCACUCAUACACAGCUUCACAGAAAGUCGUAGAUGGCCCUUCCUCUAAAUGGAGAGAAGGAAGAGGUGCUGCUCAGAAUGUUAUACCAACCACUACUUGUUCAGCUGUAUCAAUUGGGAAGAUCAUACCUGAAUUAUCGGGAAAGUUAACUGGCAUCUCUUUCCGGGUCCCAACUGCUGAUGUUUCAGUGGUCGACUUGACAUGCAAACUGUCAAGACCUGCAACAUAUGAAGAAAUAAAGGAAGCAGUUAAGACGGCAUCUAGAGGUCCAAUGAAAGGCAUCCUUGACUACACAGAAGACCCAGUUGUGAGCAUUGACUUCAAAGGCUGUUCUGCCUCCUCUGUUUUCGAUGCUAAUGCAGGAAUGCAACUGAAUGACACAUUUGUGAAGCUGAUAUCAUGGUAGUUCACUAUAUAUACGUAAUUGAUAUCCUUUUUAGGUACGAUAAUGAGUACGGAUACAGCUGCCGACUUGUUGACCUAAUCUGCCAUAUGUACCUUGUGGACCACUAAAAUUAUGUAACAUAUACUGACUAAACUGGAAAACUCAGAGUAAUACAGUUUCCUAUUUCUAUUUAUCUGAUUAAUUUUUCAUUUUUGUCAGCUGGAUCGGCGAAAGUUUAGUACUGUAUUCAUACUGACAUUCUGAUGUUUAGCUAGUCUGAAAAAGUCAUGAAAAUCAUAAAAUGCUUCUCCGCUACAACUUUAGUCUUCACUGGUGUUUCCUUGCACUACUACUUUUUAUGUCGUGUUUUACUUCUUUACGGGCCCUUACGUACUUGUCCUUGGAUUCUAUAAUUCCUUCGAUGGAACUGAUGGUUUAAUUCGUCCACACAAACUGCCGAC